AUGGACAAGAAGAAGAUGUAUAAUGCUCAUAGCAUAAUAGAUACAGAGCAAGGAAUUGGAAUCUAUAUGCCCGUCAAUCAUGCAGGAAAGGAGAAACCAAUUACUGUUGGGGCAGUGAUGCUGACUGAUGGUGUUUAUUGGCUUGUAAUCUUCCCAUUUCUUAACAUUUCAAAUUAUGAAAUGAGUUUUUUGACAGUUGUUGUUCAUUCCCUUAAUCUUGUUUUGGUGCUAGGAGACACUGCCAUGAAUAGCUUGAAUAUCAUUUUUUAUCAUGUUCACUGUGUUAUAUGUGAUCUUCGAGUGGAUUGUUCAUGCCUUUGUUUCAACAUGGUAAGUAUACAAAACACCAGGUAUGGGUGGAGGAGGAUUUGCUCCACCACCACCACCACCAAUGGGUUGAAUGGGGAUGCCGCCUAUACCACCAUUUGGAAUGCCACCAAUGAGCUCUUACUGAUUCAUUCAUUAUUGGUGGAUGAAAGAACAAACGUGAACAAUUUCAAGUCGUGUGUUUUGGGGGUUAAAAGGUGGAUAGGCAAGAUGAGGGAGUGUUCGAUGAUAUGUUUUCAGCCAGUGGUUGAUGCUUUUGAUCCAAGAUUAUUAGUGGCUCCUACUGUUUCCCAUGUCAUUAAUUUUACUACUGUCAAGGAAGAGGAUUUGUAUGAAAUUGACAUUCCACUAAAAUUCACUACUUCUGUGGGCACAAGGAUACAUGGUUUAGCAUGUUGGUUUGAUGUUCUCUUCAAUGGAAGUGCAAAGGUGGUUGACGACUGCCCCUGGUGCACCCACAACUCACUGGUAUCAACUUCGUUGUGUUCUGUCUCAACCAAUUUAUGUUAA